AACUGACAAUAUUCUAACCUAUGCUUUAACCUGUCUUCUCUUUGUGUCGACUAGCGUCGCGCGGCUAAAAAACCAUUCCCAUUAUUGCGCAUCAUCUGAACUGUUUUCAAACCUCCUCUUCCGUCGGUAGUGCCGGCCGGGGGAAUUCGCCAUCUCUCCGCUUGCCAAUCCGGGAAUCUCCAACCGGGCUCUCACCUCCUGCCCGUUGGUAUCCAAUUACUCUGCUGUUAGAUUUCGAAUUCCUGUUAGAGAUGGGUAAUUCGCAGACGAAAGAAAGCAGACCCUCUCUUGCUGCGCCAGGCCGCAGGAGCCAUCAUCAUGGUCCGUAUGGUGAUCGCCACCACGCGGAGGGCUCUCGGUCGACUCGAGGCAGCAGACCAGAUUUAUCUAUCCUCGGUAUCAAUACACAUUCAGAACGAGAUGUGGCAUCACUUGAGCAUCGGCGAGAAACUAGACAGGAAAGAGAAGCUCGUCGGCUCGAGAAGGAACGACAAGCUCGCAUCAAAGAACGAGAGCGUAGUAUGAAAGAAGAGCAUGUUGAUGGCGGUUACCUGGUAACGCAAGGUGUAUACACUGGAACAGAAGAUUUCAACAAGGUUGUCGUGCGCCAAUUGAUGGUGGAACGACGACUUGCACCAUUUUGGAGAGGCCUCAACGACUUCUCAGAUUCAUGGACAGAACAUCAGCUAAUGGCAGCAGCGCGUGGCAUGCCAAUACCCCCUCCCGAUGAGAUCCCCCCGGAGCUGGAAUACAAAAAUCCGCCCAAAUCUGGGGAAGAUGCCCGGGAGGCGGUAGACACAAACCUGGUCCAACACUUGAUGGUUCCUAUCACUUCCAGGUCUCACUCAUACGGCUCGGAUGCCUCUCAGUCUUCUACACCAGUCCACUCACUCCCUUCACCGGCAUCUCCUAUUGCAUCCGGCAUUUCCAGCUCACCUGUGUUUCGAACUCGCGCAAAGACACUUGCUUCCCUCUCCACCUCCAAGCAUGGCAUCCAAUCUGACACAACGUCUCGAGAAAUCCAACUCUCCCAUGACCCAUUCGUCAAUGGACAACCAAUCGAGGCAUAUUUGUACAAAGCCGCUACCGAAUGUCCGAUUUGCUUCUUGUAUUAUCCACCUUAUCUCAACCGGACAAGGUGUUGCGACCAACCGAUUUGUUCUGAGUGCUUCGUGCAGAUCAAACGACCUGAUCCCCACCCCCCGGAGCAUGGCGAGGCCGAUUCAAAUGCGCAGCCGGCGACUGAUGGUGAGCGCGCGGAGAACGAGGAUGGUCAACUGGUAUCGGAGCCGGCGGCAUGUCCGUUUUGCGUCCAGCCCGAAUUUGGAGUUACCUAUGCACCCCCACCAUUUCGCCGGGGGCUGGCUUACGCAAGCGACAUUGGUGCACGAUCAAAUAUUAUCUCUCCGUUAUCCUCUAGCUCAUCUCUGUCUUCUAGCACGAGCCCUGUGACUGGCCGUCGUCGCGCGACGUCAUUAUCUGCCAAUGACCCAACGGUAAUUACAACUGACAGGGUACGACCUGAUUGGGCACAGAAGCUAGCAAACGCCCGGGCACAUGCUGCCCGACGAUCCGCCGCAGCAACCGCGCUCCAUACUGCAGCAUAUCUCAUGCACAACAACGGUUCUGGUAGCGAUUCCCGAAAUUUUGGUCUUGGUAGAAGGAGCGUCAUGCGACGGAAUGGGGGGUCGGAGAGUCAGAAUACUUCUUCGCGGACUGGCUCACCUGCGCUGCAAGCCCUUGCCUUCUUGACAGACCGCCGUUCCGCCGGCCAAGAAACUGAUACCGUGGAAGAUGCCUCAAAUAGCUUGGCUCCGCCACGCAGCCGAUCAAGAAGGAAUCGUAUCGACGACUUAGAAGAGAUGAUGAUGAUGGAGGCCAUUCGGCUGAGUUUAGCCAGUGAAGAGGAGCGGCGCAAGAAGGAGGAAAAGGAGGCAAGGAAGGAAGCGAAAAGAAAAGAGAAAGAAGCCAAAAAGGCGGAGAAGGUUGCUCGCAGGACAGGUCUAUCAAGUGACAAUGCCAGCAAUCCCGCCCUGGAUGUGCUUGGUGAUUCCAGCUUAGGCAGAGUCAUCAGCAGCUCUUCCUCGGUCACUGGCGAAGAUGCUCCUUCUAUCAGCAAGGGCAAGGAAGUAGAUCGUGCGCCACCUGGACAAGUUGCGGUCGCUACCGAUGCUGUUUCUAGCCUCGAAGGCGCAUUGACCUCACCUUCUGUGUCCAAAACGCUGGCUGACCAUGCUCUACCUGUGCCAACCCCGUCGCUCGCCCGACCAUCACACUUACGUCAUGUCUCUAGUGCAUCCUCCUCGUUCUCAUCUCUCGUAGAAUCGAUGAACGAGGGCCACACUGGUCUCCAUACGUCCGCCGAUGGUGCGAGCUCUUCCGCGGAGCCUCUGUUCAAUUUCCGCAGCCUGGCUGCAGUGAUUGGAGAUGAAGACAAAGGCGCUGAAGGACUGGAGCACGUGGAGGAUACAUACUCAAAACCCGAUGCGCCGAGCGCAGCAUCGACCGCACACUCUGCUGUAGCCAACGAUGAAGUAGUGAAAACCGGUCAAACGAUGGCCGAACCGGCUCCUGCCCUUCUAGAGAUGUCUAGGGACGAAGGGUUUAUCCCAAAAGAGUUGGAAUCUCGCUCAGUUGAGAUUACAGGAAAUACCAGAGAUGCAGAAACUGCCUCCUAGUCCAACAUAUCUUGCAGGAUGGAAUUUGUUUGAUGCUAAAUCUGUUGCCCACUGCUUCUGCUUCGAACCUGCGCUCAUCUCCGGUUGGGGAUAGUAUACGGUGAUGCCUACACUCGCGCGAGAGGCUUGUUUGGAGUGGGCGAACGAAUGCUGGCGAUACGCUCUUAUUGUUUUUGCUGUUACUGCUGCACCUGACGGAGUACUGC